GUGCGCAUGCGUCAGCGUGUCGGCGCGCCGGGUCAAGGGUCAGCCACAAGAUGGCGGCGGCAGUGACCUUCUGCCGGCUGCUGGGCCGCACCGGCCCCGCGGCGCUGAGCCUGCCCCGGGGCGCCCGGUGCUUUGGGGUGCGCACGUCGCCGACCGGGGAGAAGAUUACGCACACCGGCCAGGUCUACGACGAUGCGGACUACAGGAAGGUCCGGUUCGUGGGUCGCCAGAAAGAGGGACGGAUACUCCCGAGCGGAAGCUGGCAGGAGGACCGUCCUGCCCUGAGUGGCUGUGGCUGGUCCCCUACGGUGGCGGCAGGAGAGAGGAUGCUGAUCGUGGUGUCUCCAGGAACCUGAGCUCCUCCUCUUUCCUCUCUGACCUGCGCUGCCGGAUCCGCAGUCUGCCGGCCGUGCCGUGGUCGGGGCCGUCUUCCUCUUCCGAGUCCUUUUGUCCUGCGCAGUCACCUCGGGCCCCUCCUUCCCCCAGUCAGCCUUCCUGUUAGUUCUUGUUAGCUCUCCGUGAGUUGUGUUUCCCGCCCCUCUGAUCUCCGUUACACUGUCUGUUCUCAACUUCUUUUUCUACUUGCUUUCCCGCCCUGCGGGGGACAGGGUGGUGGAGACAGAGUUCAGUGCCUCGGUGGAGCCAUGGGUCCUGACGCUGUGGCUGGCCCCUGCGGUCCGGCCCCCGGCUCCCCAGCUCAGCAGUUCUGAUGCGUGAGCAACACCUGGUUCUGUCCAGGGUCCUCCCUGCUACAGACUCUGUGGCCUCUGGUUUCUGAUCGUCUUAGCAGGGGGCCACCGGAGCAGCUGAAAACCAAAACCAACCCAACUAAACCAGAAUUCGCAAAGCCGGUGGAGUGUGAACAGAGGAGGCAGAGCUGAAGGUGUCCCCUCACCCAGGUCCGGAGCCCCUGUCCUGUCUGCGGCCUGUCGCUGUGGGACAUCACGUGUGUUCGGGGAGCACUGCUCCCGUUGUCCGGGUGCGCGUGUUUGUAAACGAGGAGCGCUGCUCUGGCGUGCGUGCUUGCCACAGACAUUAGGCGCUUAGUAGCAGUGUAAGAUUGUUAGCGUUUCCCAGAGGCGUUGUUUUAGAAGAGUUUCACGUGUCCUGGGAACUGGGACAGGAAGUGUGACCGUUCCCCUGGACCCGCCUCCUGCCAGGCGGCCUGUUGCAAGUGGCACCUUCUGUCAGGGUGCUGCGGUCGCUACAGCGGGUGCUUCGAACACUUGAUGGCGUUGAUACGUGAGCUCAAGCCCACGGCUUGUGUCGGGGUUCACUGUCGGUAGUGUACAGUCUGUGGGUUGUGACCCACACGUGUCCCGUGUCUGUUUUUACAGCGUUGGAGAGUAGUUCGCCCGCCCUGAGAAUGUCUCACGUUCCGCCUCCGGCAACCACGGGUCUUGCUGGCUCUCUGGUGUUGGUUAGUUGUAUUUUAAGAAGCCCACCGAACCCGAGCUUAAUCUGAUGAACGGGGAGCGCGGAAAGCUGGAUAGCUGAGCUGGCCUUUGCAGAGAGAGACGGGAAGUGCCUGUGCGUGGCUCUUGGCUACUCCUGGCCAGAGGCACCUGGUGCAGUUUGCGGCGUGUCUGCAAAGGAAUCCGUGCAGGCCUGUGACGGGGUCUUCCUAAGACGAGACACUCCCGUGCUGAAGAACCGGCUGCGCAGCGCCCACUCCUCGAGGAGGGGGCAGAAGCCAGGCCUGCCAUGGUCCUGGGCCACCUCCGCGAGGCAGGGGGCUGGAACGGAGCAGAGGCUUGUCUGAAGCUACAGAAAGCGGUUCGUUGACUUGGUGGUCAUGUACAUCAGACGAAAGGCACGCGUGUCCUGUCCUCCAGCAGAAGAGCUGGUGCGGACAGGAGACCGCGUGCGGAAUGGCGGUGACAGUGACAGCAGUGAGAAAGCAGCAGCGCUGUCUCUGUCAUCUUGCGGCUCAGAGGACUUGUCUGGUCUCGAGUGUGGCUCCAGGCCGCUCUGUCCGACCGCCUCCGGAUCUGUGCAGCCCCCUAAGCGCUGCCUGCCUCCGUCGCUGACCUCACUGGGCUGAGGGUGCUGGGUCCGAGGGGACGAGCCGCUAGGGAACCCCCGCCCCGGGAGGCCUUCAGCGAGCGUGUGCCCCAUUCUGUUGCUGCUGGGUUAUCGCGACCGGGCUGGCGUCAUUCGUGCGUAUUAAAGAUGCGCAACGGGGCGGAGAGCCCAGAGCACUGGGAGGCCGAGUCCGUUGAGUACAGCCCCCCGUGCCCUCCGCUUGCUGCAGUGAUGACGGGGCGGCUCAGCCCAGGCGGGUCGCCCUUGCCGGCUGGGGGGCAGCGGGGACCCUCGCUGCCCAGGUGCUCUGGACAUGUCCUGCCCAUCUCAGACGGCCUCCCGACCCCCCGGCGGGCAGGUGAGUCUGGCUGCGACUCUGACUCAUCCGCUGGGCACCUUGGUUCCUCAGUAGCAGCUGGAAGGUCCCAGCCACCGCGGAGCUGAGGAGCGGCCCCCGUGGCACCUGCUGUGUUGGUGGAGUGACGUGAAGCCUGUCCUCCCCAGAGGGGUCUGGACGCUGUGGACGCACAGCAGGGGCUGGGAGUGCCGGAGGGAGGAGCUCGCGGUGGGGCCUGUGCGGUGUGGCUGCGGGCCCCACUGGGAGUGACGAGUGUCCCUCAAGGGCUUCUAGCCCUGGGCUUGUUGGGCCUUGCUUCUGGGCACCGGCAGAGUGGACCACUCGUGGUGAAGUGACUUCUCCACUGAGGUGGCCCAUGCUCCCCGCGCAGACGCUGUAGGAAACUUGCGGGUGUGCGCCAGGAUCGGCGGCGGAGGGAGACCCUGAUCGUUGUCGUCCCGCUGACGGCGGCUGCACACCGACACCUCCGCGAGCUGCCGUCCGGACCGCGGUGAUGUGAAGCUGCGUGUGUGGUGCACGUCCAGGCGGCUAGAGGAGGCUGCACGUCCAGGCGGCUGCGGGUCGCAGCGCUCCCGAGGCUCGGAGGCCGGUGGCCGGGCGCUGAGCCUCCAGGUCUGUGCCUUCCUCUCGCCCUCUGGCGGUUCCACGCAUCCGUGCUUGUCCUCGGCCCGUGCCCCGGCCACAUCGCCCCAGGGCACCUGCAGAUGCUGCUGUACAAAACACCUAGGAGGUGUUUUUGAGCUUUUUCUCCAAAUUUGUGUUAAAAAUUAGCAGGUUGGCAGCGUCCAGCACGGGGUCACUCCGCGAGGCUGUUCCUCCUUGUGCAGUUGUAAGACUGUCCCGUGUGCUCCCGCGUUGUACCUUGUGCUUCUCGUGGGCGUGACCUCGGUCUGACGUAAGGGAGUAAAUUGUCCGUGGGAACGGUCACUCCCCAGAGCACGGGUCAGAUGAAGAUAGCCACCGCCACCCGGUGAAUUUAAGCCGGUGGGUCUUUGUGCCCAGUCAGUGGGCUGUCAGGAGGUAAAUGAAAAGGUAAUUUCACAUUCGUUACGUCGGUGACGCAUAAAGGACAAUCAUACGGCCGUUGGACAGUCGAGGGCGUGUGACACUGUGUGCCUGAAACCCCCGGUGCUGACGGCUGAGGCAGGAGCCCGGGCCGCUGUGAUGUUCCUCUGCAUUCAUGCGCUUGGAAGGCCCGCGGGUGGCCUCCGGGCCUCGCCUCCGUCGGGGCGGCCAGACCAAGCCCUGAGCUGCCACCUGGGCUCAGCUCUGGGACUCUGCGUGCGCCUGUGGUUGAACUGAAUCCCGGGAAUGAGACGCUCAUCGCGGACGGUCAGGGUCACCCUGGGGCUGAGUGACGGGCAGUCCUGUGUCAGUCUCCGGUGUCAGCUGCCCUUCCCGCGGGAGAUGGCGGUCUGUCUGACGGCCAUGCUGGGGCCCCGGGGUUUGUUCGUGCGGCCUUUGUGACACGUGUGUCACUUAGGUAGACGCCGUCCCGUGUUACAGCACAGGCUUCACGUGUGCGAUGCA